CAGAGAGAUCAGACACAUGGCAGAAGCAGGCUAAGGCAGAAUGUUGAAGAUAUCAGGACAAAUCAGCUGCUGUGUUGCUCUCCUCCUGACCCUCUCCUCGGUGUCAGCUGUAAGACGAGUGCUCAAUUCAAUCAGUGACCUGAAGACGGUAGGCUUUGGCCAGUCUGUGCCUGAGUACAGCCUCCGCUUGCUCCACUGGUUUGCCAAUGAAAUUGACAUUAACAACAAUGAUGAUAUCCUGCUGACCUUUGACCCAAACAGUGGUGAUUAUGGCUCACAUCAAUAUCGCAACGAUGAAGAGCUGUUAGACCCACUGCCGAGGGGAUAUCGAUACUACACUGUUGGUAACAUCUACCAAGAUGCAUCACUGGAACUUCCAGAUUAUGUCGUGGAGUCGGACAUUGAGGAAAGUAACAGGGGUCGCAUUAUAAUUAGAGUCAGGGAGUGGAACGCAGUAUGGACAAUAGACCAAGUCUAUAUCACACAGCAUUAUGAGACCUAUGAAGCUCGAGGGACAGAGUAUGAUCCACAACAUACAUAUCCAGUCACCAUCUGCCUCCUAAGAGCGAUCAGAAAGUUUUCCUUGGACCGCAAUAACAUCACCUCACUGAGGUCUCUCAGAGACCACUUUGGAAGCAGUGCUGAUGAUUCCAAGCUAUGGGACAUUAUGGAUAUCUGGGAUGACCUUGCUUGUCUUGGACUGUUUUUGUUUAUUGUGAUCCCAGAAAAGUAUUCCUCUCACAAACACAACAGCAGACGUCAGCCAGCACCAAGAAGGAACACACAACCUGAUUUUGUGAUCAAUAUCCCAGAGAGCAGGCAAAAUGUCACUUCUGGGAUGUCUGCAAAAAAUCAACUGGAUCAUAGAAAUGGGAUAACACUGAAGGUAACAACAGGCAAAAGUGGACAAGCCAGAAUUAUUUGGAGCAAUGUUCAUAGUGACCUUCUUAAACGAGAUGUGUUGGUGGCACUUUACCAGAAUAAUCAGGAAGAGAAAGCCCUGACUUCUAAAUGUAUUGAGAACAUAGCGUCAGGCAGUUAUGACACAUCAGUACCCCUGAAUGAAGGCCUUCAGGUACGACUGCAUGAGGUUAGGACUCAAUUUUUUUUCUGGAUUUCAGUAGGAAAGGAGAUAGACAGAGGCAGUGAGUUUAAAAAUCCCAAAGCUGUGAAUAUAACAGGUUACAAUGCUAACCUGCAACUCUUUGCAAAAGACGGCAAGGCUUGUGCUCGCUUAACAGUGACAAAGUCUUUCCAGGACUGGAGGUCCAAAUUUAAAAACGCGUGGGUAGGUUUCUAUAGCUCUGAAAGUAAAGACACAAACAACUACGAAUGGUGGCGAUGGCAAUGGGCAACAAAAUUCAAAGAAAAUGAUUCUCAGGACAAUUAUAAUGUAUACGAGUACGAGUCAGGGAUGACAAUUGCCCCGGGAGUGCAAGCACGCUUCAUACUGCAGGAUGAAAUAGAGAAAGCAAGAACCUCACCCUGGGCUGAAUGAAGAAAUUUACUCCUUUAAAUACUGAUUGGCUUUUUUAAAAAAACAUUAUUCAAAGAGAGAAAGUAGAGACAAGUGUUAGCAGCAGAUUUUAAUUUCAGGUCAUUACCAGCCUCUUAAGAGUGAUCAGAAAGGUUUCUAGAGAAUUCUUUUGAAGAAACAAUCAUGACUCCCUGCUAUAGGACAUUAUAAACAUAUGGUUGUUGUUUAUUGUUGUCAAGAGGCCUGGCCCUAUACUAUGAAUCAAACCCAGAGUAUCUUUCAAUUACCUGGAUUCACUGGUGAUCAGGAUACAUAGUCAUACAAAGCUGUUUAUUAACUUGCCAAGUUAACUCCCAGCUUCUUUCACAUGAAAAGGGUGGUCUUAGCAUCUGAUUGAUCUCAAAGGAGCAUUUCAUAGAUCGUAUACACAAAAUGAUCCCUACGCAACCUAAACCAGACAUUAUCAAAUGGUGAUUA